CUCUCUCUCUCUCUCUCUCUCUCUCCCAGUGCUUAUAUUGGUGACAGUUGUAGCUGUGGUCAAAAUAACAGUGAUAAGUGAUAAUUAAUGCUAACACAGAUACGACUGAAGAAAGAAAACGAAAAAAAAAAAAUAUAUAUAUAUAUAAGAAUGACAUAAGGAAAGAAAACAGGGAAAGAAGGAAAAGAAAAUAUGAAGACAAAAAUAGAUGUUAUUAAUAUGUUUCAAAGAUUGCUGUGUUUUUUAUCUAUUCGUUAAAGAAAUAAUAAAUACGCAUACCUUCUAUUAAAGAAAUAAUACGGGUACCUUAAAUUAAUUGCCUUAAUUAAUGCUUUCGUAAAGUGGACGAAUAUAUGAAAAGUUAGCGUGUGUUCAUCUGUUUGUUGACUGGAAUGGUUAAUUAGGUAGAGUAACAGGUGCGACCAGUUGAAUGUUUUAGAAAGGAAAGGCGCCGCAACACAGCGAUCAUGUGGCGCCGCAACAGGUAGAAAGGGGGAGGGGAGGGCAAAGCGUGGGGCAAGGGUGUGGAGUACAAACAGGUGUGUGAUACAGGAGACGGGUCACACAGGUAAACAACACCAAGAUCUACUUAAUCAUUUCUUCCAACCUAUUCAGAAUAUCUACGAGCGAGCGAGCGAGAGAGAGAGAGAGAGAGAGAGAGAGAGAGAGAGAGAGAGAGAGAGAGAGAGAGAGAGAGAGAGAGAGAGAGAGAGAGAGAGAGAGAAAUAGUCUUGCACACAAACAAAUCAAGGCAGAAUAAAUAAAUAAAUAAAUAAAUAAAUAGACACACCUAUCACUUAUCGCUGCUACCACACAUCCAUUUCCUUCUCCUAAACACGAAUACACGAUCAGUUCUCAGUAACAUGUUUGGCACAGUUUGGUUGAGAGGCAUUAAAAAUUUUAUCUGUUUUAAGGCGUUCCUAGAAUGUCUGUAUUAAAAUGUCUAUUUAGAAUACCUUAUUUAGUAUGCAUUUCAACAGGGUACGCAUGGAAAGUAGUCGUACGUAUUGACGAAGAAUACCGAAGACGUUAUAGAGAAUUACAGGGUUAAAUAUUUACCCUUUUACAACUUGCAAUUUAACAAGAAUAUACCAGAACAAAAAUAACGAAAAGAAAAUGAAAACGGAAAUAGGAAAAUAUAGAACAAUAUAAAAAAAGAGAAAGAAAAAGAAUAAAAGUAAACAGCGUAAGCAGAAAGGAAAAAAAAAGAAGCAAGAAGUAAAGAAACAAGUAAUAAACAAAUAAAAGAAUGUCGACACACACGCAACCUAUAGACUAAAAUAAGCCUUGAGUCCCUAUAUCCGCUGGCCACACCUGAAUCCUGACCACUGGACGCUUGACAACACACCUGCAGGCCAGAAUAACAGGCUCAGGUAUUAGGAUCACUACCACUGUCACCACCACCACUACCGUCAUCAACAUGGCCGCCCUUUUCGAAGGUGACAUGGCGGAGCUCUUCGUGAAAUAUCUUGAAGGCAGGAUGGUGGGCGUUGUGGUGCCAGAGUUGCCAAGUGGGGCUGAAGCAAUAGCAGAGCCUGAGGUGGGGGAGGACGGCCCACCAACACAUGCACUUCUAUACCAGGGUGGAGCCGUCAGCCUCAUCCCAGCGACAGCUUCCCAGUUAGCCUCCCGUAGGCUGAUACCAUACCCACACGUCUACCUCACCACUGAGCACGCCCUUACACUCACCCGUGCCCUUGCAACACUACACGCGCAUACCCUAAUAGACCGUAAGGAUGCAAAUGUGGAUACUUUGCAGGAAAAACCAGCUCUUAAUGCCCCAUCAUCAGAAACAUCUGAAGAGGAAAGUGAAGAUAAUGCCAAGCCAUCUAUCAUCGACAAGUGGACAGCCCAAAUCACACAGCUUGGUUUGGUUGAUGCCAACUUGUCUGUGAUGGUGGAUGCACUGGGGAACACGCAAGCUAACGAACGCACUGUCAGGAGGCUGGAGGCUCUACGUGGGGACCUCCCAACACUUACACAGUUCCUUCAGUUUGCAUCUGUCAUGCAGACAACGAGGGUACCAAGUGUGGGUCCUGUCUGUAUUGGAGAUGUGUGGGUUCCUGAGAUGGACCCUAUGGAAGGUGAGGAGGUCGUAGCGAUACGACUAAGAGGCGGUAAAGACCUCCAGGCACCUCCACUAAGGGAUGCCGCCUGGUCCUGGCUCACACUUCUGUCUGGUGAGACACUGCGUGACCGGUACAUGGAGCUCUGUGAUGACUACUGUAAUGCCUUCAACAAAGCUCUUCUCAGACGUGAGGCAGCUGGAGGUUUAGUAGAGGAGCUUUCCUAUUUUGAUGUCAUGAGAGAUUUAGGUGAAAAUUUCCUACAUGCCUUCCUGACAGUAAUACAUAAGUUUGUUGUCUCUGGGAAGUGGUUCUUUGACCGGCAGCUACACACCAAUGAGGGUUUGAUUGCCCUGGUUGAGCUUGUCAGUUUUCUCGUUGAUAAUGGCAUUGUAGGCUCCAUAUUUGUUGUUUGAUGAUUUGCCCCCAUUACCCUUACCCUUCCUACCUCCCAUAUACCCAACAAAAACCCUCACUUCCUCUCCUUUUCCUUGUUACCUCUUACAUCCCACUAGCUGCACCAAACACCUUUACCUUUACCAUCCCUCACACACUGUCCCUAUGCCCCUCCCAGACACCCUCACCCCACACUGCUACCCACCUCUAGAUAUUAAUGACUCACAUUCCCCAAAGUCUCAGCCCAAGCCAGACCAUCUUUUUUUUUUUUAAAGCAAACAUAUCAUAGAUUAGUUCUCAAGAUUUACACUUAUUUUUUAGCACAAUAUUUCCUUAGCUGUAAGAUCCAUCUACCUAUCUAUAAUUUUAAUGCUUCCCUUUAAGUAGGUGGCCAUGGCAGAGAAGUCCCUAUCUUUUUCCUGUACAACACUUGUAUUCUUUCACCUUCGUGUCAAGACAUCUGUUCCCUUUUAUCCGUUUUACUAAUUGCCUCCCUCUAACAUUACACUAUUCAAUUUCAUAAUAGUACACACUCUGACACACUCAUUUAUUAUGCAAUAUUCUCCCUAGAAUAUUCAAAUUAAAGGUGCAUUUCACAUGUAUAUCUCAAUGCCUUCCUAGUGUAGCUACAACAUUUCUGGCUUUUCAUUUGCUUGUGGUUAUUCAUCUUGUGUUCAGCCAAAGCAGUUUAGAAUCUGAGUAUUCUGACAAAAUUUUACUUUUAGGUGCAUGACAAAAUGCAUCGAAUUAAGCAUAAAACUCAUUGCAUAAUAAUCUCUCUCUCUCUCUCUCUCACACACACACACAUACACACACACACACACACACACACACCAUAGGAGAAUAUGUACUCCUUCCUUCCCUUCAUUUCUCACCAGCAAACACACAACUCCCAUAGUAUAACUCCAAGCAGUAUUGCCUGGGUGCCACAGUCGUUGUCGUGUACCGUUAUGUCAGGCUGAAUUGUACAUAUACAGCCACACUACAGUAUUAGUUGUCAUUCUUUUGGAGGACAAAAAAUCUCCAUUUCCGAGAUAAAAAUGCAUGUCAAAUAAACAUCUUAUGAGAUUUUACAUUCAAAAGUUUGAUUUAUUUAUGUUGCACUGACGAGUGAAUCCUAAUUUUAUCCACUUUUCUUGCUGUAUAAAAAUUGUCAUACAAGCUCUUUUGACAAACUUACCUAAGUGUAUUACAGAGGACCUAGUGCACUAUGGCCUCCUGUAGAGCUUAGCAAUACAAAACAUAGCAUUAUGUGGUGUUUUUUCUAUUGUUUCUGUUUUAUGUUUGUGUUGUUUAGUCUUGUCUCUAAGAUUAAGAAAACUGCAUUAGGAUUGGCAGCAUUCUCAACAUGAAUUUCCUACUAAUGUGUGUAUUUUUCUGUUUUGUAUAUAUUUUUUGUUCCUUGCCUCUAACAAAGUCUGGAUUUUGUGUCUGGACUAGUAGUAUUCUCGGCAUUUAUAUCUUGUAAGUGUGUGUGUGUGUGUGUGUGUGUGUGUGUGUGUGUGUGUGUGUGUGUGUGUGUGUGUGUGUGUGUGUGUGUGUGUGUGUGUGUGUGUGUGUGUGUGUGUGUGUGUGUGUGUGUGUGUGUGUGUGUGUGUGUGUGUGUGGCAUAUGUAUUUUUCUCAUUCUUUGUCUUUAAGAAAAUGUUAUUUUAUGUCUGUAUUAGAUUUACUCAGCACUAAAUUCUUGGACUGCGAGUGCAUGUGCGUGCGUGCAUGUGUGUGUGUGUGUGUGUGUGUGUGUGUGUGUGUGUGUGUGUGUGUGUGUGUGUGUGUGUGUGUGUGUGUGUGUGUGUGUGUGUGUGUGUAACAGUCCUCUAAUUCUGAUAGGUCACACAUACGCUGAAUACAAGUAUUACACACAUGCAAUGCCAUUAAUCCAAAGGCUGUACAUACUCCUAUACAUAACUUGCAUAAUGAGGAGACUGUGUUAAUAUUCAGUGAUGUUAAUACAUAUACAAACCACAAAUCAUCCCUCAUUCCUUCAUAUCAUCUCAUUAUCCUCAUCCCUUAGAAUUAGUUUAAAAAAAUCAAUGAUAAAACUGGACUUCGUUUCCACAUCCUUUCUUCUCUUAUCAUUCCCUUUUCAUUUUUCCUUCCCCUUCCAUGUCCCCCAUUUCAGUUCCCAUCUCCAAGCAGAGGCUGUCCUUAACCUGGCCACCCUGACAGCUUAACAGACACACAACAGAAACUCAUAAAUGCCUGCUGCUUAGAUACAUGAUUAGUAUAUUCUUAAACGCAGCUUGUGAUAAGAUAUUCUAUGCACACAUCUACGUAGACAGUGCAUCUCUGGGGCUGUAUAUUCUUAUGUAUUGGUAACUGAAAUGAAUACUGUAUUGAUGGAAAAAUCUAUGAGUCUAUAUAGAAAAUAUUAUAAUGCCAAAUGUAGUGAUAUAAAUAGUAAACUGUAUGAAACUUAGUAAUAGUGAUACAUAAACUAUUUCCAACCAUUUUCAAACUAUCCUAAACUAAGAGAUAUAAAGAAAUCCUAAAGUCUGUCUUAUCAUUCACAAAAUUUAAUUUCAACAUGGGCUUAAAAUUUUCCCUCCAUAAUAAUCUUGCACGUUUUUUAAUCUAUAGCACCAAUGAGAUUUGCAACACAAUUUCACACCACUCUUUGUAAUAUAUUAUGAAGAAUACCUAAUGCCUAGCAAGCCCCAGGGAACCUAUUACAUGAAAGCUUUCUGCACACAAGUUCCGUGCAUAGGGAAUGGUGCUGGGACACUCGGCGUGACACAGCUAAAAAUACACGCCAUCCUUAUCUCGUCAUGCAUUCUUUAAUAUUAAGCAAGCCUACAUACUUAAGCAUUAGCUGUAGUAUUACUUAAAAAAGCUAUCCAUCUUAACAAUGUGAUAUUAAUGCCUCUAUAAUUGUAAUCUGAAUCUCCUUUGGGUUUUCUUUAAAGAAUUACCUAUGUAUCACUCACACAUGAAAUUAUUAUUUUUUUUUAAGUAAAAAACAUACAUUUCAUUGCUCUAUCCACAAUUACUGUCCCAAUUAUUUCUAUUACAAGAAUGAGUUUGAUUUUACCUGACCAUUUGAUCAAAUUAGAUCAACUUGAAAAGAUACAUAGCAACUGCAUUAAGAUUAUUUUACUAACCAUAAAAAUAUACUAGAUUUGUUUGCCCAAGUGAGACAGGAGUGAUUCUAUAAAUGUACACCCUUUUAAUGCAUAGAUGAGAUGCUAAUUCUCUAAAGCAAUGAUGAUAAACAACUUCUGUCCUUAUAAUAUACUGAAAUAAGAUAUGUAUUUGUAAGGCACCUCAGCAUGAAUGUACGUAAAGGCUGUCACUUGUUAUUCCUGCUGCUGCUACUGUGUUACUGUUACAAAAUGUAGCUCAUAACAAUAACAGUGAUGCAAAAUUAUAACAAUAGUCACUGAGAAAAUAAUAAAUAAAUAUAAAACUGUGAAAAAAAAUAUACAAAA